GAGCAACUGGAUGCAGAGCGUAAAAGACGACUGGAGAUGGCGGAACGUGCCGUGAUGGCGGUGGAACGGGAAGACACACGUUCGCUCAGGUCAGCUCGCUUGGAUGAUUUUCCCUCAUUGCACCACCAACCACGAGAACGUCACCUAUCUGCCGCAGCACGAAAUCGAGCACAAAGCCUGGCAAGAAGCUCAUUUAGGCUUUAA